AUGUCUCUCUUUAAAUUUGAUUUUGGGAUAGUAUAUUCAAAUCAUCACUCACUGCAUGGUUCAGAAACACUAAUUGGAGAUGGUUUUUAUGAGAUUUCAGGAGAUGGCGAAGUUCCCGAUUUUUCUGGUCGCUCUGAAUUCAAGGCUGUCAAAAUAUCAGGAACAUUCACAUCAUAUCGAAGUGGAUGUUUCUCACAUUGUCCGAAUCUCAACAAAAUACAUGUUACAGCUCCAAUCGAAUACAUUGAUAAAAACAUGUUUUCUAACUCGCCUAUCACAGAACUCAUUUGCGAUCAAUGCGUUCGCAUUGGUGAGAGAGAAGCUUUCUCAAUGCUGACAACACUCAAGAAAGUUGAAUUCCCAAUUCUCAAAACUCUCAAUGAAAAGUGCUUUUGGAACUGCAUCAAUCUUGAAGAAGCCAUAUUUCCAUUUGUUAAUAAAGUCACAGGGAGUGAUUCAUCGUAUUGUUUUGGCAACUGCUACAAUCUUAAAAAUAUUCAAUUGCCUUCAAUUCAAACACUUUUAUCGAGAGAUUUCCAAAACUGCGAAUCAUUAAUCGAAAUUAAUUUUCCAAAAUUAGAGACUGCAUUAGAAUUUCCUUUCAUUGGUUGCACAAGAUUGAGAAAUAUCAAUUGUCCUCUUCUUCGCUUAGCACGUAAUGGAAUGUUUUCAGGUUGUAGUUCAUUGAUUGAAAUAAAUUUACCACUAUUAGAAACAGCAACAGGACCAAACAAGUUUUCAAACUGUGAUAAUAUUGAACUUAUAAAUAUUCCAUUAAUUACAAUAAUAAGAGAAUCCGAUUUCUAUAAUUGCAAAAAAUUGAAGAAUCUAACAUUUGGUAAUAACUUUACAGAAAUUCAAUCAUAUGCAUUCUAUGGUUGUUUCCGCCUAAUAUCCAUUAAUUGUUCGAAACUGAAGAAGAUUGAAUCUUAUUCAUUUAUGAAUUGUAUAUCAUUAUUUAGUAUUGAAUUUAAUGAACUUGAGUACAUUGGUGAAUUUGCUUUUAAAAAAUGCACAAAUUUAACUUCAGUGAAAGGAAAUAAAGUGGGAAUAAUCUAUCGUAUUGCAUUUUCAGAGUGUACAAACCUAGAAGAUUUCAAUGUAACUCAUGUUUUUGAAGUAUGCGAGGACACUUUUGAAUAUUGUAUCAAUCUUAAAAAGAUAAAUCUAAGUUUAAUAAGAUAUGCAGCAGAGAAGCUUUUUUAUCAUUGUCAUUCAUUAACAAACAUUAAUAUACCAUCAAUCAAUCAAAUAAAUGGGCGUGCUUUUGUUAAUUGUAUUUCAUUAGAGUAUAUUGAUGUAGGUGAAACGUCAAUUAUUUCCUUAGUUGCAUUUUAUAAUUGCACAAAUCUUAAAUAUAUUUAUGGAAAUAAUAUACAAAAAAUAGAACAAUAUGCAUUUUGGAAUUGUCAAAAAUUACAAUAUAUCAAUGCUUCAAAAGUUUAUGAAGUAGGCAAUGAUGCAUUUACAAAUUGCUAUUCAUUACUAUCUUUUAAUUCGAUAAUAAAUAGCUCUCUUGGACAGAAUGCGUUUAUUGGUUGCCGAUCACUUGUGAAUUUCUCUGCAAUAUCAAUUCCAAUUAUAGGGAUUUGUUGUUUUAAAGAAUGUAUAAAUCUUGAGAUAUUCGAUGUAAGAGGAGUAAAUAUCAUAUACGAAAGAGGAUUUUGUAAUUGUCAGAAGUUAAAAAAAUUCGAUUCCUCUCAAGUAUUUCAAAUUGGUCCAGUCUCAUUUUAUCAAUGUUACAUGUUACAAUCAUUCAAUUCAAUACUAAACACAUCGCUUCCCAAUUAUGCUUUUGCCUUUUGCAAAAGGCUUAAAAAUUUCACAGGAAUUUCUAUUCCUGAAAUUUAUCAAAAUUGUUUUCAGAAUUGUUAUGAUUUGGAAUCUUUGAAUGUUAAUGAAAUCAAUGUUAUAAAAGAUGCCGCAUUCACAAAUUGCAAUAAACUGAGACAUUUAAAUGCAUCUAAAGUUUAUUUUGUAGGAUCCGGUGCAUUUGAAGGUUGUAAAUCUUUAGAAACAUUUUAUUCAUCAAUAAACACUUCUCUUCCUGCAGAUUCAUUCAAAUCAUGCAUUUCUCUUGUAAACUUCUCAGCAAUAUCAAUUGAUUCAAUUGGAGAAACUUGUUUUAUAAAUUGUGAAAACCUUGAAAGAGUUUUAGCAUCAAGCAUUUUGGUUAUUGAUAAAAGUGCUUUUUAUAAUUGCAAGAAAUUAAUAUUUAUUAACUCAGAAAAUGUGUUUCGCCUUGGAACUCAUGCAUUCUAUCAAUGCCACUCACUACUUGCUUUUAGAUCAGUUCUAAAUACAUCAUUGGCUUAUAAUACUUUUAUAGGAUGUUAUUCACUUACAAUUUUCAGCGGGUUAAUAAUACCUUCAAUUGGUUCAAGUUGCUUCGAAGGAUGCUCAAGUCUUCAACAAUUUGAUGCACAUGGAAUCACAACAAUUGAUGGAAGAGCAUUUUGUAAUUGUCAACAAUUAACUUCAAUAGAUGCAUCAAAUGUCUAUCAAGUUGGAGAUAAGGUCUUUGUAAAUUGUUACUCCCUCAGAUUUUUUGACUCAAUUAUAAAUACAUCUUUGCGUGAAUAUACAUUUACAUCCUGUUUAUCUUUAGAAAGAUUUUCUGCAAUAUCUGUCCCAGAGAUUGGUGUAGGGUGCUUUAAGAGUUGUAAAAAUCUAGAAUGCGUUUUGUGUCAAAAUAUAACAGUAUUAGGUGAUUCGGCGUUUUAUGGUUGUCUUCGUUUAGCAGAUAUUGAUACAUUCAAUGUUAAAAUAUUAGGAUAUUUGCCAUUCGAAAGAUGUUUAUCUUUGAAGAACUUCAAUUCAUCAUUCAUCACAGAAAUACCACAAAAUUCGUUCAAAGAUUGCAUUGGUAUGAUCGAAGUUAAUUCAUCGCGUGUCACAAACAUCGGAUCAAAUGCUUUCAAUGGAUGCACAUCUCUUAAGUCGAUCAAUCUUCCUAUGCUGGCAUCUAUCUCAGAUUCAUCAUUUUCAGGAUGCACAUCACUCAUCACAUUCACAUCGACAACAUUGAUUGAAAUCGGUCCUAAUGCAUUCGAUAACUGUCAUCAUAUGGAGACAUUCAAUGUUCCAUCUUGGACGAUGAACACCAUAUAUGAUGGAACAUUCCGCAACUGUUACAAUCUCAUGCAUAUCCCAGAUACAUCUUCAGUCAACACAGUUGGGAAAGAAUCAUUCAUGAAUUGUCGCAGCUUAGAAUCAUUCAACACGAACAACUUGGUAACAGUUCAAGAUCGUGCAUUCAAAGGAUGCACAAAUCUCAAGAUUAGCAGCACAAACAUCAUCAAGACAAUCGGACGUGAAUCAUUCAUGCUGUGUUCAUCAAUCACGACAUUCAACUUCCCUUCAUGCACACGUCUUGAUGAAUCAUCAUUCGAAUCAUGCAACAUCAGCGGCACAUUAACAUUGAAGAAAACAUUCCAAUCUAUUCCACAAAAUUCUUUCAGAAACAACAAGAUUUCAAAAUUAAUCAUUAGUGGUUGUAAUAUUGAAAAUGGAGCAUUUUCUGAUAAUGAUAAAUUGGAAAUUUUAGUUUUACAAAAAAUUUCUUCGCGGGAUCAUUCUUUUUUCAAUUCACCUAAUAUUAAAUCGAUUUAUCUUCAUGGAAUGAACUUUUUAUAUGAAGGUACAUUUGAUUUGAUUCAUGCAUGUGUAUAUUAUAAUGGAACAAAAGAUUAUUCGCAUGAUACAACAAUCAGAAUCAUUCAAAGAGUCACUAUCACUAUCUUCGUUACAGAACAAUAUGUUUAUAAGACAUUUUGUAAUCUUAACAUCACACGACUAGAGAGCACUUCUAUUUGUCCAAUUUUCAUUCCAUACUUAUUCCAUUGCUCAAAAGACUGUUCAUCAUAUCAUUAUUUCUAUCAAUCUAUUCAUCUGACUAGUUUAUUACUUGGUCUUACAUAG